AAGAUGCCAACAGGUGUAUUUUUAAAAGACGGAUAUAGAAAACAGAAGGGAUCAUUACAACCCUGGGCGUCAUACAAAUCCACUUACAGCAGCAAUAUAAAUUCAGACUUAACCUGUUGUCCCAGGAAAUGACGAUCCGGAACUUCGCUAUUGAGUAUGAUGCCUUAAAUGAUCGCAACACCUUCAGCAAUGGGGAUACUUUGGUGGGCAGAGUUAUCGUGGAGAUGUCAAAGGAAACCAAAAUCAAGGCUCUGACUGUCAAGGUGAAAGGCAAGGCUGAUGUGUCAUGGACUGAGACGCAAGGGGAAGACAGUGUGACAUACUGGGAUAAAGAAAUUUAUUUCUCACAAACUCAAUCUGUCAUACUGGAGGAUAACGCAGAUGGCUCUGUAACUCUUGUGGCUGGUAGACAUGUCUUCCCUUUUGCCUUUCAACUUCCCUACCAGGGCCUGCCUUCAUCUUUUAAAGGUGCUCAUGGUAAAAUUCAUUACCGACUUUCGACAAAGUUGAGCAGGUCUAUGCGUUCAGCAAAUAAAGCUGAAGCAAAGUUCACCUUCGUUGCAAGAGCUGAUUAUGUUCAGUCAACACUGAUGGCACCUCAGCAUGGCAGUAAAGACAAGAAUGUCAUAUUUUUUGCCUCUGGAAAUAUUUCGAUGAAUAUUUUCUUGCCAAAGACAGGCUACCAGCAAGGUGAAAGGCUAGUCGUCAGCGGUGAGAUUGUAAACAGCUCAACUCGAAAAAUUGUGCCAAAGUACAUUAUCUACCAGAAGCAAAGCUUCUUUGCUGGAGGCCAGAGAGCUGUUCAUACCACCCAGAUACUGAAGGAUAAGGGAGAGCCUUUAGUGUCCUCCACCAGACAGAAUCUGUCGAAAGUAUUAGUCCUUCCCACAGAAAUCAGCACCACCAUCCAGAACUGCAGAAUCCUCAAAGUCGAGUAUAGACUGAAGGUUAUUUUGGAUGUAUCGUUCACUAAAAACCCUGUGAUUAAAGUCCCGUUGAUCGUACUGCCUCUACAUGAAGGGACCUCAUCCAAAGAGUCGGAGGCAGGACUACAUAGAAACCUGGCCAAAAUGAAUAUUUUAAAUUAAUAUAAGCAGUGAGCACUAGAUUUGUUUGCACUUUUGUUUUACACUUAUUGUAUCCUACUAUAAAAAAAAAUUAUUUUCAAAAAUAUGAAAUCAUAUAUGACAAAUAAGCAAA